AUGAAAAAUCCCAAAGGUAUCACUAUAGUACCAUCAUACCAGAAUCAAAACGUAGCAGAAAUUUUCUUGUCAAAGGGCCAAACCUCAGCGAGAAAAUAUCAACAGUCAUUAAGAAAUGAAACUCAGACGUGGCAGGUUUUGACAGUGUGGAAAGGAAGUCAAAUAAUAAAUCUAAACAAUAUGUGUCAACAAAGUCCAGUCAAAAAAUUACCAACUUGUUCCUCUAAACUACAGUCAACUCUGGUCAAAUCAGUGAGAACUCCGAAAGGUAAAAAUAUUGAACAUGAUUUAAAGAAUAAUUUUGUCAGAUCAUGGUUGAAUUAUCAGCAUAAUCAAGUUAAACAACAACUGACAUUUUCUUGA